CUAAUCAUGUACACUCCUUCCCAUCCUCUAUAUUCUGGAACUCAACUUCACAAAAUCCGCACAGUCCAGAGUCCAAUCCCAAAAACCUCGAGUACUCAUCCAUGGCAUUUGCUCAGUACUUGCUAACAGUCCCAGCUGAUACUUCAAAUCCCCAUUCCACUAGCUCGAUUUUAACUCGCCCAGUUUCAUCUUCUUAUAAUUCUCUAUCUUCGGUGAGUUUUUCUUUUUCUUCCCUAAACCUUAACACUCGCAGGGGCAGGGGCAGGGUCUCUAAUUUUCCCAAGAAUUUGAGAUUCGGCCACAAAGCAUCUGUUAAGGCCCAAGCAUCUGAAGCCAGCUCAGCUGCAGAUGCUUUCACCAACUUCAAGCAUGUACUCCUACCAAUUACAGACCGGAAUCCUUAUCUCUCUGAGGGUUCAAGACAGGUCCACUUCUUCUCUACAUUUUUCCUUCUUAGUAUCAGUGCUUAAACAGACAAAUCAUUG